GUGACUUCAAUUCUUGAAACAUAUCCUAAUUGGGCAGAUUAUCGAGAUCAAGGUCAUUCUUUAUUUAUUGCUAAUGUACCACAAUCAAUGACAACAUAUUUAACAGCUGGUCCAGCAUCAGGUAGUUUACAUAGUGGAUAUUUAACAACAUCACAUGAAAUAACUCCGUCAUCUUUAUCAAAACCUUAUUGA